GAAACAGAUCUUAUCGAAAUUUUAUUAUUAUAAUAUUAGUUGAAUAUUGAUCAAAUAGCAUAGAAAAAUAGAGCGAAAGACGCUCUAUCUGUUCAUUAAAAGAGAAAUGUUUUUGAGAAACAUAAAGUACCUCACCCAUAAAGUACAUAACCUACCCUAGAAAAUAAAGUACCUCCCUCACUACUUUUGGAUUGCCCUAAGUAUAUACUAAUUCUAAUGAGGACGAACAAUGGAAGUUAAAGAAGAAAUACAGAGUAGCUUCGAUCUGAAACAGAACAUGCAGUAGUUCAAACUAGAUCUUUUAGACUAUUCACUAGUAACUGAAAGCUGUAUUUGUUAAUUAAUAUAAAGAAAAAAACGUAAAGGUAGAUAAUUUAAUUGACUCGCAAGAUACUUUUGAAACAGUUGCUUGGUUAUAGGACAUAUCAUUGCACCAUUGAUCGAACAACAUUAUCCAUCGUUGACAUUUAUCCAUAUUGGAGACACAACAGCGAAUGAAAUUAAAAAACAGAAAUUGAAUAAAAUUGGGUUUCUUGGUACAAUUUUUUCAAUGACUAUGGAUAGUUGUGUUGUACAACGUUUGAGACAACAUGGAAUUGAUAUUGUAUUUCCAUCAUCGGCAACACGUCGACAACAAUUGCAUGAUAUUAUUAUCAGCGAAUUAUCUCACAAUAUUUUUACGGAAAAAUCAAAAUUAUUUUAUGUAGAAACAAUAUUACUAAUGAAAAAUGAGCAACAUUGUGAUGGUAUUGUUCUAGGGUGCACAGAAAUUCCAUCGUUAAUUAAACAAUCAGAUGUUCCUCAAAUACCAGUAUUAGAUACAACGACAAUACAUGUAUGUACGACUGUCUAUAUAUAA